AUGCAAGCAUUCAUUUUAUGCAAAACCAAAUCUCCGGCAAAUCUGUUAGGAAUGAAAGAAUGGGAAUCAAAAUUUUCUGACAAAAACUCAAGUAAUAAAUCGUCUGAUGAUUACGUCGGCGAUGAAGACGAACGCAUGGAGAUCUUCUAUUAUAAGAAGACAUGGCUUAAAACGAUUAUCACUUACAUAUCAAUAGACAAAUACGACCAGAUAUUUGUCGAGAAAGUCAUAUCACUGUCCGGGAAGAGCCAACAGCGCUAUGUUGUGCCCAAAGGCAACGGCACUUUCGACAGCACAGACUUUCUUCGAUACUUCGAGAACAAGAAGAUCCGUUACCUCUGGAAACAACAAAACCUUAAGUUUGAAAAACUUUAUGGUUUGGAUCGAGAUAUCAUUUGUUCAACUUUUUCACAGCAUAACGGACUCAAUGAUGAACAACAAUUUCAAAGAACUGUGUUAUACGGCGAGAAUCAGAUUGAAAUCAAAGUGCAGUCUUUGUUGCAGAUAUUAUUCCAAGAAGUGUUGAGCCCUUUCUAUAUCUUUCAAGUGGCGGCUAUA